AGGGGCGGGGCUCACGCGGCAGCGAAAUUAUAUAAAACCCAUCCCGCAGGUCUUUGUAUCUUCCACUCAGUAGAACACCAUCCGGUCCACGGCCACACCAACAACAGAGGGGUCGCACAACGGCAAUCAUACUGGAGCUAUAAAUUCAAUUCAACGGGGUUUCCCGUUUAAAGCACCGCAGUCACCAGACAUCGGAUUAGCGAAGUGAGGCUAUUCACUCCAGCUAAACGAACCGUUGUUGCCGGAAGCCACUGAUCCAAUCGGGGGAAAAAAAAGUCACCGAAUCAGGAAGCAAAAUGGUGCAGAACAAGAACGCAGCCGUUACCGGAUUCCAUCGCUCUUUCAAGGGCCAAAAUCCUUUCGAAACGGACGAAUUCUCCAAAACCGGAUCCCACAUUCACGAUUCCGCCUUUAAUUAUGAUUGCUCCACUCGCCCUGACAUGCCAUCCAGCCAGCCCAUUGACAUUCCCGACGCCAAGAAGCGAAACAAGAAGAAAAAGAGGUGCAGGGCGACGGACAGCUUCUCUGGACGGUUCGAGGAUGUCUAUAAGCUACAGGACGAAUUGUUGGGAGAGGGAGCUUAUGCAAAAGUGCAAACAUGCAUCAGCCAAAUUACGCAGAAGGAAUACGCUGUGAAGAUCAUAGAGAAGAGACCAGGACAUAGUCGGAGCCGUGUAUUCAGGGAGGUGGAAAUGCUGUAUCAGUGCCAGGGCCACAGAAACAUCCUGGAGCUUGUGGAGUUUUUUGAGGAAGAGGAUAAGUUUUAUCUGGUGUUUGAGAAGUUGAGGGGAGGCUCCGUCUUGAAUCACAUUCACAGAAGGAGACACUUCAGUGAACAGGAAGCGAGCAUUGUGGUGCAGGACAUCGCAAGCGCUCUGGACUUUCUGCACAACAAAGGAAUGGCCCACAGAGACCUCAAGCCUGAAAACAUCUUGUGUGAACAUCAAGACAGGAUUUCACCCGUGAAAAUUUGUGAUUUCGACCUGGGCAGUGGAAUCAAACUGAACAGUGACAGCUCUCCCAUCUCGACCCCAGAGCUUCUCACACCGUGCGGUUCUGCCGAAUACAUGGCGCCCGAGGUGGUGGAGGCAUUUAACGAGGAAGCUACCAUCUACGAUAAACGCUGCGAUCUGUGGAGCCUGGGAGUCAUCCUGUACAUCAUGCUGAGUGGCUAUCCUCCCUUCGUGGGCCGCUGUGGAAGCGACUGUGGCUGGGAGAAUGGGGAGCCUUGCCAUGCCUGCCAAAACACACUGUUUGAGAGUAUCCAGGAGGGCAAAUACGAGUUUCCUGAGAAAGAGUGGGCUCAUAUCUCCUGGGGUGCCAAAGACCUCAUCUCCAGACUGUUGGUCCGGGACGCAAAGAACCGUCUCAGUGCCGCUCAGGUUCUUCAGCACCCGUGGGUACAAGGGGGUGCUCCUGAUUCUUUCCCAGCCUCCAUCUUGCCUCAGAGAAACAGCAGCGCCAAGGACCUGACGUUCUUCGCCGGACAGGCGAUGGCUGUGAACCGGCAGCUAGCCGAGCAGGACGACCUCGACGCUCAGCGGCAGGAAGAGGCGUCUCCUCAGGUGGUGACGGCAGGCGCGUGCUCCAUGCGUCUCUCGCCACCAUCCAACUCCAAACUGGCCAAACGGAGGCAGAGGAGCAGCGCCAUAAAGGGGGCGCCGGUGUCCGCUGCCGAGCUCAGCCAGCUCCUCGCACCUCUGGUCCUUAUCGGGGACUGCGCCUGAGAGACAUUUCAGUUCCGCUCAACCUGCUGGACAGUUGUGGAGGGGAAAAAAGUGUUUAUUUUUUCGAAGUCUCUGCCGCCCCCUGGUUUACAUAUCCCUCUGUCUAUCCGUAUCUCUCCCUCAUUAGAGGAAAACAUCGUCUAAAAAAAAAAAAAUUUUUGGGUGAAGCAUUUCCUGUAUGCAAAAUGAGGCCCGAACCCGGGCGCAGCGUCGCUCCCUCCUUUGUUCAUCCUCAGGCUUCUCCAGCACUUGUGUCAGUGCCCUGCGUCAGGGUUCGGGGCAGAUACGAUAAGCAGAGUGAUACGCAAACUUUUUUUUUUCUUUUUUUUCUUUUUAAUAAUUUAAAAAGGCAGAACAUUUUGAAGCCAGCCGCUUAAGACACCAAAGGACUACAACACCUACAGAAACCCCUCCCCCUUUUCCUCAGCUGCUUCCACUUUUACAAAUGGAUCCACUGUGAAUUUAAUUUUUUUUUUCUCUCAACGAGAAGACUUCAUUCUGGAACGUUCCGCCUCCUGUACGUGUGUACGAGUCCGGACAAUCCCCAUCAUCAGUACUAAGAUUCGCACGCUUUAUGCAAUUCCUAAUGACUUGGUCACUCAUGCUGUCAGAGUUUUUGGGAGAUCUUUCAGUGCUGCCAGUGCCUCACCUCACCUUGCCUCGCCUCGCCUCCAUUAGUGUUCCCAAGCCAAUGAAUUCCUGUCAUCAGCAGACAAAACCCCAGACGUGUAUCGUAUACAGCAUUAACCUCAGCGUCUGUUAUUCGGGAUUGGCCUCUUCUACCAAAUUAAUGAAAAGCACUUAAUGUUUUUGGGGUGGUUUAAAAAAAUAUGUUCAAAUCUGUGCCAGAGUUCUUGCAAAAUAUAUCUGAUCGCAUUUUCUCCAAAAGUGCACUUUGAGAACUCUGAUCGUCCUCGUGAACUUGGGAGCCUACUUAAGUUUCUUUCCUUUCUCCCUUAAACAUUUUAAAGCCGCCUCAGACUUGUCUUCCGUUGAAGAUGUGAAGGUUUAAUCGGCACACAGGAAACUUCCACAACCCAAACCCGAGUGAACUCGCCACUCCGGGAGAGACGUGUAGCCGUAAGGAGGAGAUCCAAGAUACAGCACAACACAAAUGGGGGGUUUAGUCUUUAAGCGCACACGGGGCGGGACGAUCACAGGGGGGUGGGCGCGGGGGGGGUUAUUCAAGCACAGGUUUGUUUACGUGACUAAAUGAUCUGCAGCUGGUCAUGGAAUAAGGCUUUCUCUUCAGUUCGGUACCAACGCCACAGUCUGAUGGUACGGCGAUGCAUAACAAAAAAAAACGCUGCCAAAUUAGUUCAAGACCCGUUAAGAGGGCGGGGGGGGGAGGUUUUUCUUGUCAUUAAGUUAAGGAAGAAAAAAAAAAUGGAAAUGCAUUCCAGGAAAAAAAAACAAGUCUGAAAAUCUUCUUUAAACAUAAAGAAGAAAGUCUUCCAAGGCAAAGUAGCUGUAUGAAUAUGUGUGAAGUUUUUUUUUGUUUUUGUGCAUAACUCCAUUUGAAUAUUGAAACUGUGCCACACUGAUGUUUUAAGCUUUUUAUUAUUAUUAUUAUUGUUAUUAUUACUGUUAUUGUAUCUUCAUCUUCAAAGCAGGUGCUGUUCAAAAUGUUCAGGUGAAACACCAGAUCUUUUUAUUUUUUUUCUUUAGUUACCCCCCCACACCCACCCCAACACACACACACACCCCACUAUUUUGUAUUUUACUUUUUUUUUUAAUAACUCUCUUAAGUAUUCAUGUGAUGUGUUGCUGGAGCAGAAGUCUCGAGGAGAUGCGUGACGUGUGAAAGCAAUUUUUAUUUUGUAUUUUGUAAACAAAAUUGAAGUGAGAAAGAAAAAAGGCAAUAUUUUACUACUUUCAGUGUUGAGGUGGACUAAUCCUAAAUUCACAAACAACCCCAAGAGACCAGGCUUUAAAGUGUGAUCCAGGUCGAUCGAUAAGUGCAUUAAUUACAAGAACAAGUCAUUUCUUGCAGAAGAAACGCAGCGUCCUCACGUCACGUCACAUAUUGGCUUGUCUACGGAGCUUUCUAUCCAGUCACUAUGACUCAAAAAACCCCUAGUUAGCGAUUUGUCCACCUCGUUUCUUAUUGGUAACUUUGUGUACUUCAGGUUAGUUUGCUUCAUGUGUAUUUUUGUUUGUUUAAUCCCACAUAACGUUGUGACACGGAGCGCAGGAUCGUGCCGGAGGGAAAUCCGGCAAAAGGAAGUGCAUCAUACGAGUCUUAGACGUGUCCACAUCUGGUAGAUUAAUGGAACUUGUCUGAUGGGUUGUACCUGUUGUCAGGCAUUAAGACGUCAUCGACGUUUAUAUAUAUAUAUAUAUAUAUAUAUAUAUAUAUAUAUAUAUAUAUA